AUGGUCAAAAUCAAAUCAACUACAGGUUAUUCACAAAUAGUUAGAGCUUUGAUUGAUCAAGGAUCUGAAGCGUCAUUUAUAACUGAAGCCACAGCACAAUUCCUGAAGUUAAAGCGAGAUUCAGUGAACGGUGUUAUAUCAGGAGUCGGAGAAGGUCAAACACAAGCGAAGAGUAUGGCUUCUUUUGAGAUCGUAUCUUUACGUAACCCUGAGUUUUCUAUUCAAGUCAAUGCGUUCGUGUUGAAGAGGUUGACUUCAUUUAUACCGUCCCGAGACUCAUCUAUACAUGAUUGGAAAGAGAUCACAAACUUACCUUUGGCUGACCCUACCUACAGUACACCUGGACGAAUAGACAUUAUUCUAGGUGCUGACAUCUACGGAGAAAUUCUACUGGAUGGUUUUCUGAAACAUUCUGAGUUAUCUGGACCAGUUGCACAAAACACGCAAUUGGGCUGGAUAUUAUCUGGAAAAAUAAAAAAUGAAUUAGUGCAAGAAAAUCGCAAUAUUAUCAGCAUGCAUAUACAACCAAAGGAAGAUGAGUUUUUAAAACAAUUCUGGGAGAUAGAAAGAGAACCUGAAAGUAUCAUAAAGAGAAAGACUAAAGAGGAAUUAAGAUGUGAAGAAAUUUACGAAGAAACAACAUAUAGAAACAGUGAAGGACGUUACGUCGUCAGAUUACCUUUUAAAAGUCCUAAUCCAGAAUGUCUAAAUGGUCAAUCAAAAGAGAUAGCGCUACGAAGGUUCAAAUUAUUAGAGAAGAAAUUACUUAAAAAUACAAAGCUACAAGAAGAGUACAAAAACGUAAUAGAGGAUUAUUUACAGCAAAAUCACAUGAGAAAAAUAACUGAUGAGAGAGAGUUACGUGAUAAUCACGUCGUUUAUCUACCACACCAUGCAGUGAUUAGAGAUGAUAAACAGACUACCCGAGUAAGAGUGGUGUUCGACGCUUCGAGCAAAGGAGUGAACAAUGUGUCAUUAAAUGACAAUCUUCUCGUCGGACCCAAAUUACAAAGUGAUCUACGUCAUAUUCUAAUAAGAUGGAGAUGCCAUAGAAUUUGUAUAGUUGCAGACUUAGUUAAAAUGUAUCGUCAAGUGGUUGUCAACGAGCAAGAUACAGAUUUCCAAAGAAUACUAUGGAGAUCAAAUCCACACGAAUCUAUUCAACAUUACAAACUACUGAGACUUACCUUUGGAACAUCUUGUGCGCCAUACUUAGCUGUAAAGUCUUUGCAACAACUAGCAAAAGAUGAGCAAACAAAAUAUCCACUUGCGGCACUAAUCACUCUGCAAGACUAUUAUAUGGACGAUUUACUUACCGGAUGUGAAACAACAAAGCAAGCUAUAGAGAUAUAUGAGCAAAUGAAUAAUUUAAUGAGAGCAGGUGGUUUUGAACUCCAAAAAUGGAGCAGCAACAGCGAAGACUUACUGGAACACAUCUGUAAAGAGAAUCAAAGAGACAAUCAGUUAAUACAAUUUAAAUCUAAUGAUAGCAUAAAAGUAUUAGGUCUUACCUGGAACAAUACAAACGAUAAUUUUCAAUAUCAUUUUCAACUACCUAAAAGUAAUGAGAAUGGAGAAGACGUAACUAAAAGAAAAGUACUGUCUGAGAUAGCGCGUCUUUACGAUCCUAUGGGCUGGAUAGCAUCAAUCGUCGUUAGAGCGAAGAUUUUUAUACAGAAACUGUGGAUAGCAAAAUUAUCAUGGGAUGAGAGACUCACCCCACAAUUAUUACACGAGUGGCAACAAUUCAAAGAGGACCUACCAAAAUUAGAGAAGAUCGUCAUUCCGAGAUGGUUUCACGUCAGUAUCGGAGAUAAUGUAGAACUGCAUGCAUUCGCUGAUGCAUCUCAGUCAGCUUAUGCAGCAGCGGUGUAUUUAAAAUCGACCAGCAAAGAUGGUAGCAUCGCCGUCAACCUUGUCACCGCUAAAACGAAGGUAGCGCCAGUGGAGAAGAAGAUAUCAAUCCCACGCCUGGAACUGUGUGCAGCGCUACUAGCUGCAAAAUUAGUAUACGAAGUGUCCCAAGUCAUGAACAUUCCUAAGAGUAAAAUAUACGCGUGGUCUGAUAGCACGAUAGUUUUGGCAUGGAUAGCAGGAGAGCCGAGUCGAUGGACGACUUUCGUGAGCAAUAGAACAUCUGAGAUCCUUACCAUGCUGGAACCAGAGCAGUGGAGACACGUAGCUACAGAUCAAAAUCCAGCUGAUAGCGCGUCUAGAGGACUGAAAGUAACAGAGUUAAUAGAUAACAAAUUGUGGUGGCAUGGUCCAAAUUGGCUACAUCAAGAAACUUAUGAACAGAACACAAGCAAUAAUUUUGAGACUACAGAAGAGGCAAAACCAAUUAAAGCACUAACUACUACUACUAAAGAUCAGGAAGAAUUUAUUUGGACGAGAUUUUCAACAUUACCUAAAAUGCUAAAGGUGUUGUCUUAUUGCAAAAAGUUUUUAUAUUUGAGACUACCAAAGGAACAACGAAAUAUUUCAUUCAAAAUUGUGAGUCGAGAGGAAACAGAGGCUAUAUUAAAAUAUUGUAUAAAAGAGACACAGAAGAUGUAUUUCGAAGAUGACAUUAAUCGUUUAAGAGCGGGGCAAAGUGUAUCACAGAAGAGUCAACUACUUACCUUUCAUCCAGUUAUCGAUGAAACUGGACUUUUGAGAGUGGGAGGCAGAAUUCAAGAGGCUCAAGUUGAUUAUACAAGACGUCAUCCAGUUAUUUUACCCAGUGGAAGUCACAUCACCAAAUUAAUAAUUGAAGACGCACAUAUAAAAACACUUCAUGGAGGACCACAACUGAUGUUAAACUAUUUAAGAUCGAAGUACUGGAUACUUAAAGCAAGAAAUUUAGUGAAGAAGUGCUAUAGAAAUUGUGUUACAUGCUUAAGAUAUUCACGAAAAAACAACAAUCCGUUUAUGGGACAGCUUCCGGAGGCGAGACUUAAACCAACGAGGCCGUUCAAAAUUGCUGGCGUCGAUUUCACAGGAUUUAUAAACAUACGAUUUUCGCCAGGACGAGGAGCCAAAUGCUAUAAAGGAUACAUUUGUCUAUUCGUAUGCUUCGUAACCAAAGCGAUUCACCUUGAAGCUGUGUCAGAUUUGACUUCUUCGGGAUUCAUUGCAGCAUUCCAGAGAUUUGUGUCAAGAAGAGGAUAUUGUGAAACAUUAUAUUCAGAUAAUGGAACAAAUUUUAUCGGCGCAGAUAGAGAACUAGGAGAAAUGUUUGACCGAGUUAAAUCUAAAUUACCUGACGAACUUCAGCAUCUUCUAGCAAACGAGGGAACGGCAUGGAAGUACAGCCCACCGCAUGGACCAAACUUCGGAGGACUAUGGGAAGCUGGUGUUCGCUCAACAAAAAUGCAUCUGAAAAGAAUAAUCGGAGAUUCUACACUUACCUUUGAAGAGCUAACGACGGUCUUGACGCAAAUAGAGGCCUGUCUUAAUUCACGACCUUUGUCUUACCUGAGUGAUAAUCCAAAUGACCCCAUGCCAUUAACGCCUGGUCAUUUCUUAAUAGGGGAACCAUUGCGAAUUAUACCAGACGAGAGUUAUGAAGAUUGCAACAUUUCAAAUUUGAGGCGGUGGAAGUACUGCCAAAAAUUGAUGAAUGAUUUCUGGAGAAAAUGGUCCAAUGAAUAUUUAGUUACCUUGAAUCAGAGACACAAAUGGACCACAAAGAAGAAGGAGCCUGAAAUCGAUGAUAUUGUUUUAAUAAGAGACAACAACAUACCCCCAGCCAAAUGGUGGUUGGGCAGAAUCAUUGAGAAGCAUACUGGAAAAGAUAACGUUACACGAGUCGUAUCUAUUAAAACUAAAAAUGGAAUUUGUAAAAGACCAUGUAAUAAGCUAUGUUUUUUGCCAAAAGACACAGAGUAG